AUGUAUGGAGCUACAAUGAUUACUAUGGCAGAAGCUAUUGAAAAUUCUGAAUUUGUUCUGAUAUGUAUGUCGGAUAUAUAUAAACAAAGUGUCUAUUGUCAAUCGGAAGCACAUUACGCAUUUGAACGACGCUGUCAUUUGAUACCACUUAUUAUGAAACCUUGUUAUAAGCCUGAUGGAUGGCUCGGUAUUAUGGUAAGCGAUAAAAUUUAUGUAGAUUUUACCAAGAUCGAAUUUACAUUGGCUUAUGAAAAAUUGAAAAAAGAAAUAAAUCAAUAUUGUCAACUGAAUAUGAAUUAUUCAAUGGUAAAAUCUAAACAAAGCAAUUAUCAAGAUAUUUCUUCUACAAUUUCGAAAUCUGUUCAAGAGGCUUCGAUAUUGAUCGAGAGAUCUUCGAUCAUUGAACUACCUCAUUGGAUUAUUCAAUGGACUAAUAAUCAUGUUCAAUCAUUUUUUCUAACAAACGGAAUUGAUAAUACCAUGCUUCUUCUAUGUUCACGACUGGACGGUCAUCGACUUUUACAGCUCUAUGAAAUGUGUAUGAUCAAUCGUGAAUCAAUGUAUCAAUCAUUGAAAAGUGAAUUGGCCAAUGUACAUUACAGAACAUUAACAAUUACUGAUUAUGUUACUUUUCUUCAUGAGAUUCAACGUUAUAUUCCAUUAAUGCAUACCAUUUCUCAACCUGCAUCAUCAUCUUUACCUUCUUCUACAGCUUGCUAA